AUGAGAAUAUUUCGGACUGCACUGCUUGCCCUGCUGGCUACUGAAGCUGUCGCCGAGAGCAGCUUCAUAGACCAAGCCAUUGCCAGCGGCCAGCUGAAGCCUCCCAAGGAUACGACUCGCAAGAGUAACGGCAGCUAUGCUCUGGCUGCGGCUUCUGCUAGCGGAGACAGCCCCGACUAUCAUUGCGCGAAAGACAAGCCUUGUGCCAUUGGCUGCUGCGGUCCUCUAGAUGAGGAGGGCAAAGGAAUCUGCGGUAUGGGUCCCAAGUUCUGUGGCGACGGCUGCACUUCAGACUGUGGUCGGAAAAGCGACUGCGACGCAGGCUGGGGCAUGCAAUGGUCCAAAGCAGGACCCUGCCCUCUGAACGUGUGCUGCUCCGAGUUCGGUUUCUGCGGUACAACUCAAGAUUUCUGCCGUGGCAAGACAGUCACUUCGCCGUCUUGCAGUGCUUCAGCUGGAAGUGCCAACAAGAGAAUCAUUGGAUACUAUGAAGGAUGGAACUAUCAACGAUCCUGCGACACGAUGAAACCUAGCGAGAUCCCCCUUGGAUACUAUACUCAUAUCAACUAUGCCUUUGCACUCAUCCACCCAACCCAGUUCACCAUUGAUGCCAUGGAUGACAAGACCGGGUCUCUCUACCGUGAAGUCACCGGACUCAAGAGCCGAGAUCCUGGCCUCAAAGUCUGGAUCGCUAUUGGCGGUUGGGCCUUCAACGACCCUGGCCCAACCCAGUCGACCUUUUCUCUUGUUGCUAAAGCACCUGCUGCCCAAGAACUCUUUUUCAACUCGCUCAUUACGUUCCUGAUCAACAACAACUUUGAUGGCGUCGACAUUGACUGGGAGUACCCUGCUGCAGAUGACCGCGGCGGCAAGCCAGAGGAUUUCAAGAACUUGGUCGCUUUCAUGGCCAAGCUCCGUUCCCGUCUCAACGCGAGCGGCAAAGACUUUGGUCUCUCCAUUACCCUCCCUUCGUCAUACUGGUACAUGCAGCAUUUCGACAUCGUUGCUUUGGAACCACAUGUUGACUGGUUCAACAUGAUGACCUAUGACAUUCACGGUACAUGGGAUGGAGACAUUCCCUCGUUGGGUCCUCGCGUCCAGGCCCAUACAAACUUGACCGAGAUUGAACUCGCCAUGGAGCUACUUUGGAGAAACAACAUCAACCCCGAACGAGUGACCAUGGGCCUUGGAUUCUACGGUCGCAGCUUCACCUUGAAGGAUCCCAGCUGCACGGCUCCAGGCUGCCCAUUCUCCGGACCUGGUAAGCCUGGUGAGUGCACAGGUACCGGUGGUAUUUUGUCCGCCGGCGAGAUCAACCGAGCCAUAAAGAAUGGUGGCAAAAUGACCCUUGAUGAGCCAUCAGCUGCCCAAAUUGUCACGUUCGGCGGAGAUCAAUGGGUAUCAUUCGAUGACAGUAAAUCACUCGGCAUGAAACAGAAAUGGGCAAAUGAACACUGCAUUGGCGGACUCAUGGUCUGGGCCAUCGACUUGGACGAUGGUUCUUUAUUGGACGCCCUGUUUGGUAACACUGGCCACAAAAAGCGCAAAACUAGAGACCCCAAAGACAAUGACUACAAUGUCAACUGCUUUGCAGGUGGCAUAAACGGAGGUUGA